CGCUAGCCAGAGCAGCGCACCCUGCAGCCACGGCCCAGGUCCACCUUAGUGCCGCUCGGGCAGCAGCGCAUGCGCCUGCCAUUGGAGCGCUCUCCAGCGGCUCUGCGGCUGAGCGGGGGAGGGAAGGGAGUCCCCGGGGGAGAGAUGGCUGGGGAGAAUCAGCACCCGACUGCCAGGAAGAGCAUCGCAGCCCAGCCGCCCGCAGCGCCGCCCCGGCCGCUCAGGAGCGGCAGCUCCGAGCGAGUGACUCUGAAGAAGGAGAUCAGGCUCGUCAGCGCCUGUGCCAUCAUUAUAGGUAACAUUAUUGGUUCUGGAAUCUUUAUUUCACCAAAAGGAGUUCUGGAACACUCUGGGUCAGUGGGACUAGCUCUUGUUGUUUGGGUGCUUGGAGGAGGGAUUGCUGUCCUUGGAUCUUUAUGUUAUGCUGAGCUAGGAGUUGCUAUCCCGAAAUCAGGAGGGGAUUAUUCCUAUGUCACCGAGAUUUUUGGUGGGUUAGCUGGUUUUUUGCUGCUAUGGAGUGCAGUGCUUAUCAUGUACCCUACCAGCCUGGCUGUUAUCGCACUGACAUUUUCAAACUAUGUUCUACAACCGGUGUUCCCUAAUUGCAUCCCACCUUAUAAUGCCUCCAGGGUCCUCUCCAUGGUGUGUUUAUUACUCCUGACUUGGGUGAACAGCUCCAGCGUUCGAUGGGCAACUCGCAUCCAGGAUAUAUUUACAGCAGGAAAACUGUUAGCCUUGGCCCUUAUCAUUACUAUGGGCUUCAUACAGAUCUUUAAAGGAAACUAUGAAGAACUGACACCAAGCAAUGCAUUCAAUUUUUGGAUGUCUCCAUCUGUGGGACAGUUAGCAUUAGCUUUUCUUCAAGGGUCAUUUGCAUUCAGUGGGUGGAACUUCUUGAAUUAUGUAACAGAAGAAUUAGUUGAUCCCUGCAGGAACCUACCUCGUGCCAUAUUCAUAUCCAUCCCAUUGGUGACAUUUGUGUAUACAUUCACCAAUAUUGCAUAUUUCACUGCCAUGUCACCUCAAGAGCUCUUGUCCUCCAAUGCUGUGGCAGUAACAUUUGGUGAAAAGUUACUGGGCUAUUUUUCCUGGGUUAUGCCAGUCUCAGUGGCCUUAUCUACAUUUGGAGGAAUAAAUGGAUACCUUUUUACCUCAUCAAGGUUAUGUUUUUCUGGAGCUCGUGAAGGUCACUUGCCCAGCUUGCUUGCUAUGAUUCACGUUAAACACUGCACCCCAAUCCCUGCCCUUCUAGUGUGUUGUUUGACCACUAUUAUCAUCAUGCUUGUUGGAGACACAUACACAUUAAUUAAUUAUGUAUCGUUUAUUAACUACCUCUGCUACGGAGUGACAAUCAUAGGCCUGAUUGUGUUGCGCUGGAAGAAACCCAAAAUCUUCAGACCUAUCAAGGUGAAUCUCCUUGUUCCGGUCACUUACCUGCUAUUUUGGGCAUUUCUACUGAUCUUCAGUUUCUAUUCUGAGCCAGUCGUCUGUGGAAUUGGACUAAUUAUCAUAUUAACUGGAGUGCCCGUGUUUUUUCUCGGAGUGUACUGGAGAAAUAAACCAAAGUGUGUAAAUAGGCUAGCCGAAUCCAUGACAUACUGGGGACAGAAGUUGUGUUUCGUCGUCCACCCUCAGGAGGGAGCUUCAGAAGAGGAUGAUCUGCCUUUCACUCAUUCUCAGCUACCAGGAAUUGAAAAGUCCUUGAAGAAAUAAUGAAGCAAUCGAUGAGACAGAAGUAGUUUUUUGUUUACAUGUUGAUUUUUGCAAAAAGUUUUUCCUGAAAACAAAAAAAAUGUUUUUAGAAAUUGGAUACAGAAGCCCAUGAAAUGAGCAACACCUUUACAACCAUCUUUAGCUCUUAGCUUUUCCUAAAAAAAUAAAAUAAGGAGCUGGUUAUUUAUUUCUGACAGUGUAUUUCAGUCAGCAAGGAAGUUUAGUGCAGGUAUAGUAAGCUAAGUUCUUCAUCACCAAUUCCAGUAGCCUUAGGGUUGUACUGUAAAGCAGAUUAAUCUGGAAAUUUCAAGAUUGGGGCCUCCUCCAAUAGUGAAAAUAAAAUGGGGAAAGUCAGUGGAAUAGGGGAAGCCUAUGGUCCUACUCAUGCUCCCACUGGAGUCAGUGACAAAACUCUAAUUGAUUUCACUGGCAUAGGGUCAGACCCCACAUGACCCAUGUAGUUUUCAAAUUACAAUCUAAAAAACUCAAUUGUGCGAACACUUCUGCAAUGAAUAACUUUAUCCCUGAGAGCAAAGUUACUCCCCAAGCCUAUGUAUUUGCAAGUUUGGAUAUUAAAAUUGUGACCAUUGUUAGAACGAACAGUAAGGGUCUGUCUACACAGCGAAGAAAAACCCACUGCUGCAGUUUGUGGGGCUCGG